AUGGAUUAUAAAUUCAAUGUCGAUUAUCCAAUCGGAACGCAGGAGACUUGGGGGCGUUAUACCGAUUGUACUGUAGUAUCCGAAGAUCCUAUUCCUUUGAAGCCAGACAGUCAGUACCCUGAAUGGUUAUGGAACCUAAGAACUGAUCGAAAACCUCCCCCAUUAAACCAACUGGAUAGAAAUUCCUACCAAUUUUGGAGACGUGUUCGCAGAGACAAUCAGAAGCGCUGGGGCCGACUAGCCACACUUGAUGGAUGGCAUCGCCGAGAUCACAAAUCACCGGAUGACCACGUAGCACGUUUUUACGGUGAUUGGCUCAUUCUUCUUGGUGAUCGGUUCAAAACUAAUGUGAAUAAACCUUUCAACUAA